GUGUCAAUGUCAGUUUCAUCGAGCACAGCACGUGGUUGGAAGCUUUGAGUCCUUGUUCUUACUUGGAAUCUCUCCGCCCAAUCCUGGAAUCAUCCCGUUUACCAGUCAACUAUCAAGUCAAGAUGAAACUCAUGGUUAAUUCACACGCGUGUAAGGUCAUAUCUGACAUCUGUUUACUAUAAAUAUGAGGCCACUGUGAACCUCAAUAAUCAUCAUCACUGAUCAGCUCCAGAAUAUUUAUCGACACCCGAGGUGGGAAAAACAUGGGGAUGGCUGAGUUCAGUGGUGGUGGUGGUGGGGGGAGAGGGAUGAGGAGAUUCGGUUUGCAAGUGCUUGUGGGGCGAUGGUUCAUGGUCUUUGCUUCACUCCUGAUCAUGUCUGUUGCAGGUGCAACUUACAUGUUCAGUCUGUACUCGGGUGACAUCAAAACAUCACUGGGUUAUGAUCAGACCACCCUUAAUUUGCUGAGCUUCUUCAAGGACCUGGGUGGCAAUGUUGGGGUUCUCUCGGGCCUCAUCAACGAGGUCACUCCACCUUGGGUGGUUCUCUGUAUUGGCGCUGUUAUGAACUUUUUUGGGUAUUUCAUGAUCUGGCUCGCCGUCACCGACCGCAUUGCCAAACCCCAGAUAUGGCAGAUGUGUCUUUACAUAUGCAUCGGCGCCAAUUCCCAAUCAUUCGCCAAUACCGGAGCGUUGGUUACUUGUGUUAGGAACUUCCCUGAAAGCAGAGGUAUUGUUUUGGGUCUUCUGAAGGGAUUUGUUGGUCUGAGUGGUGCUAUCAUCACACAACUCUACCGUGCUUUCUACGGAGAUGAUUCCAAAUCUCUUAUUCUAUUCAUUGCUUGGCUUCCGGCUGCAGUCUCCUUCGUGUUUCUUCGGACAAUCAGGAUCAUGAAAGUAGGUCGGCAAGCAAAUGAGCUCAAGGUUUUCUAUGAUCUUCUCUAUAUGUCUCUCGGCCUCGCCGGGUUUCUCAUGGUUAUAAUCAUAAUACAAAACAAGUUUACCUUCUCCAGAAUCGAGUAUAGUGGAAGUGCUGCUGUCGUUCUUAUCCUACUCUUUCUUCCACUUGCUGUAGUCAUCAAAGAGGAAAUCAACAUCUGGAAGGGUAAGAAACAAGCCUUGGACGCCGCCCAGGUGAAAGUAAUUACUGAAAAUCCACCUGCGGUUGAUCUAGCAUCAUCCCCUGUGGUGUCACUGGAGCAGCUUCCACCACCCACUGCAGCUCCAGAAAAGGCAGAGAAAUCAGUUUCUUGUUUCAAAACCAUGUUCAAGCCACCAGACAGAGGCGAGGACUACACCAUUCUACAAGCGCUGUUCAGCAUUGAUAUGUUGAUUCUGUUCAUUGUCACCACAUGUGGAGUCGGAGGAACACUAACUGCUAUCGACAAUUUGGGGCAGAUUGGCAGUUCACUGGGCUACACGGCCCACAGCACCACCACCUUCGUAUCCCUCGUCAGCAUAUGGAAUUAUCUGGGUCGAGUCGUGUCUGGCUUCGCUUCCGAAAUAUUCUUGACAAGAUACAAAUUCCCCCGUCCGCUGAUGCUAACUUUUGUUCUUCUUUUCUCUUGUGUUGGCCAUCUUCUCAUCGCCUUCGCCGUCCCCAACUCUCUUUACUUCGCCUCAGUGAUCAUCGGCUUCUGCUUUGGAGCCCAGUGGCCACUAGUGUUCGCCAUCAUAUCAGAAUUAUUUGGCCUCAAAUACUACUCCACUUUGUACAAUUUCGGAGCCGUGGCAAGUCCGGUCGGGUCUUAUAUCCUCAACGUCAAAGUAGCCGGGCAUCUCUACGACAAGGAAGCUUUGAAGCAACUGGAAGCUUCAGGUGUUACUAGGGUUGCUGGGCAGGACUUGACUUGCACAGGCGCUGCGUGUUACAAACUGUCUUUUAUCAUAAUCACAGCAGCCACACUCUUUGGGUGCAUUAUUUCCUUCAUUUUAGUGAUCCGGACCAAAAAGUUUUACCAAGGCGAUAUCUACAAGAAGUUCAGACAAGAAGCCAAUAAAGAUGAGAUUAACAUGGCUUCCUCCGGAAACGGCAUUCUACAAUUGGGAGAAACAGAAUCCAAGGCUACUGUCACUGCCACCGCCACAGCCACAGAAGACACCACCACUACCAUGGACCAGCCAACACAAAUUUGUAGAGAUGGUUUAGAGAGAAGCAACAGCAAGCACAUUAAUGUAAACUAGAUUUACAGUGCAUCUUGCUAUUGUCUGUAUUGUAAUAAUGUAAUCGUGAAUUUUCUGCUUUUCUAUUUUGCUGUCAAUAUUGUAGUACCCCAAAGUAAGUAACAAAAAUACUUCCCAUAUUUAUUGAACAGUGGAACAAAGAUUCUCUGACUAGUA